AUGGAUCCCUUGGCGAGGCCGGGCAGAGGUGAGAGCUUCCGAGACAUGACCGAUCUCUACGUGCAGUCGGCCGGCGAGUACGGUUGCGGCGCCCGGCACUGCUCCCUGCUCGCCUCCCGGGGCGAGCUGAGCUCCGGCUGCGCCGGUCUCGCCGGUUUCCCAAGUCUCGGGCCAUUGGAGGGUUGGAGCGAGGCGCCGGUGGACCGCGAGCCGGAGCCCGGCGCCUUCCCGGUGAAGGUGGAAGACGCUUCCUGCCUCUACGGGGCGAGCACCGGUCGGAAGGCGGCGCAGGCGGGAGGCGCCGUCCCCGGUUACUUCCGCGUCGCCGAAGCCUACGCGCCGGACCGUCCGGCCGGGGCCGAGGCCCGCGAGGGCGAGAGCGGGAAGCGGCAGCGGGGCGGCGAGGGCGAUGCCAAGGACUGCGGGGCACAGGCGGCGGCGCCGGCGGAGGCGGCCGAGAAACGGGAGCGAGCCGGCGAGGAGGAGGCGGCGGCGGUGACGGCGGCAGCGGAACCGGAGCUGAGUUCCGACGCAUCGGAAAACGAAAUCAAAGAAGAUGUCGCUGGAGAAAACGACGUGUGCAGCUGGCUGACGGCAAAAAGCGGGCGGAAAAAGCGCUCGCCUUACAGCAAGCAUCAGACUCUGGAACUGGAGAAGGAAUUUCUCUUCAACAUGUACCUGACACGCGAGCGCCGCCUGGAGAUCAGCAAGAACAUUCACCUCACUGACAGGCAAGUCAAGAUCUGGUUUCAAAACCGCCGGAUGAAGUUGAAGAAGAUGAGCCGGGAAAAUCGCAUCAGUGAACUCACCAACAGCUUUUCCGUCUCUUGAAGUGAACCUAAACAAGGAACAGGGACCCGACCCGGCGCGCACUGCCCGAACCUUGCUCGCCGCAGCCCCCAAGAACGAAACACUUUUU